UCAGCUAUGCCUCCACCAGUGCCAAGCUCAGCGACAAGUCUCGCUAUGACUACUUUGCCCGUACUGUUCCACCAGACUUCUACCAGGCCAAGGCCAUGGCUGAGAUCCUGCGUUUCUUCAACUGGACCUAUGUCUCCACAGUGGCCUCAGAGGGUGACUACGGUGAGACAGGCAUCGAGGCCUUUGAGCAGGAAGCCCGUGCUCGCAACAUCUGCAUUGCCACCUCUGAAAAGGUGGGCCGCUCUAUGAACAAGAAGACCUUUGACGGGGUGAUCAAGGCCCUGCUGCAGAAGCCCAGUGCAAAGGUGGUGGUGCUCUUCACCAGGAGUGAAGAUGCUCGGGAGCUGCUGGCAGCUGCACAGAGGAUCAAUGUCUCCUUCACGUGGGUGGCCAGUGAUGGCUGGGGUGCCCUGGAGAGCGUGGUGGCUGGAAGUGAGCCAGUGGCAGAGGGAGCUAUCACCAUUGAACUAGCAGCCUACCCCAUAAAGGAAUUUGCCACCUACUUUCGGAAUCUUGACCCCUACAACAACAGCCGCAACCCCUGGUUCCGGGAGUUCUGGGAGCACAAGUUUCAGUGCAGCUUCCACACCCAGGACUGCAGCCGGCACUCCCUGAAGACAGGCAAAUUCGAGCAGGAAUCCAAGAUCAUGUUUGUGGUCAAUGCAGUCUAUGCCAUGGCCCAUUCCCUCCAUAACAUGCACCAGGCGCUAUGCCCCAAUGCCACCAAGCUGUGUGAUUCCAUGAAGCCCGUCAAUGGCAAGAGGUUCUACAAGGACUUCAUGCUCAAUGUCAAGUUUGAUGCUCCAUUCAGACCAGCAGACACCAAAAACAUGGUUAGAUUCGACCGAUAUGGUGAUGGAAUUGGCCGCUACAAUAUCUUCAACUACCACAGAGCUGAUGGGAGAUACCGGUACCAGAAGGUGGGCUAUUGGGCAGAAGGGCUUAUCCUCAAUAUCACCCUCAUCCCAUGGGUGAAGACCUCUGUUCCUGUGUCCCAGUGCAGCGAUCCCUGCAAGAAGAAUGAAAUGAAGAGCAUGCAGCCAGGAGAUAUGUGCUGCUGGAUCUGCAUCCCAUGCCAGCCUUACGAAUAUCUCCUGGAUGAAUUCACUUGCAUGGACUGUGGUCUUGGGUACUGGCCCAAUGAGACGCUGAAUGGCUGCUUUGAGCUGCCCCAGCAGUACAUCCGCUGGAAGGAUGUCUGGGCUAUUGGGCCAGUCACCAUCUCUUGCUUGGGUUUCAUCUCAACCCUUUUUGUCUUUGGGGUCUUCAUAAAGAACAAUAACACACCAAUUGUGAAGGCUUCGGGCCGUGAACUCUGCUACAUCCUCCUCACUGGGGUCUUGAUGUGUUACAGCAUGACCUUCAUCUUCAUCACAAAGCCCUCUACUGAGGUCUGCACCCUGCGGCGUUUGGGGCUGGGCACUUCCUUUGCUGUCUGUUACUCUGCCCUCUUGACCAAGACCAACCGGAUUGCUAGGAUCUUCAGCGGGGUGAAAGAAGGGGUUCAGCGCCCACGGUUCAUAAGCCCCACCUCACAGGUGGUCAUCUGUAUGGCCCUCAUCUCCUGCCAGCUAAUCAUUGUGAUCAUCUGGCUCAUGGUGGAGACCCCUGGCACAGGAAAGGAGACAGAGCCUGACAAAAGGUACAUUGUCACCCUCAAGUGCAACAACCGGGACUCGAGCAUGCUCAUUUCACUCACCUACAAUGUCCUCUUGAUCGUCCUGUGUACAGUCUAUGCCUUCAAGACCAGGAAAUGCCCCGAAAACUUCAAUGAGGCCAAAUUUAUUGGAUUCACCAUGUACACCACAUGCAUCAUCUGGCUGGCCUUCUUGCCCAUCUUCUAUGUCACCUCCAGUGACUAUCGGGUCCAGACCACCACCAUGUGUAUCUCUGUCAGUCUCAGUGGCACUGUGGUCCUUGGCUGCCUUUUCACACCCAAGCUGCACAUCAUCCUCUUCCAGCCUCAGAAGAAUGUCGCCAGCCACCGCGUUGCGACGAACCGGUUCAGUGCGACUGCCGCAGGCUCCAGCCACUCACAUGGGUCGGCCUCUCAGUACGUCCCCACCGUGUGUAAUGGGCGCGAGGUGGUGGACUCCACAACCUCGUCCUUAUGAAGCGCCAGGUGUCCGCUCUGGGCAAGCAGGUGCUGUCUCUGUGGUCCCCGCUGCAGACAUGCCUUUUGCGUUCCUGUUGGGCCUGUCGUCUCUCCAAGCUGUCCUCCCAGCCCUCUCCCAGCAAUGCCUUGCUGGGCCAGCUAUCCCCAAGGGAAGCAACCGUCGCAUGAGAACUUGGUGGCAGUUGCUGCUGUCCUGCUCCCCUCCUCUUCCCAAACCCCUGCUCGGAGCCACACAGACCUACUCUUGCAGUCAUGAUUGUACUUACUGGACCAGCUGAGCUGUGGAUGGACCAUACUCUUUCUCUGUGGAAUCAGAAGUCUCUCCUGGCAGCUUCAGCCCCAUGUUAGCUCUCACAGGACAAAUUACUGAAGAGAGCAAAGCCCAGGCAGUUAUAGCUCCUGUCUUCUCUCUUCCCUGAAAUAGGAGCCUGGGGGCAUCCACAGAAGGGAACAAAUCCUGCAGGCUGCUCUCUUUUGAUCCUUUCUUCCCCAGAAUGAAGAGCAACUCCCUCCAUCCCCACUCUUACAUCCCUGCAAGAACAAUCCCAAGGGAUUCAAGGUGCUAUGGUUUGAAGGUAAAAGCCAGGACCUCCUCGCAGCCCAUGAUGCUGGGAGGCACUGGGAAAGAUUUCAAACUAAGGUGAGCUAACUGGGGGCUCAAGGCCCAAUCUCUCAUUUUGCAGGGAAUUCCCCAUGUGGAAUAUGACUCCACCACCCUCAGAGACAGACAAUCAAGGUGCUUCCAGGAUAGGUUUCUUAAACAACAGCUCUCCGGGGCAGGGAGAGGACUCAUGGACCAUACAUGCCAUGGAAGGUGGAUGAGUCUGUUGCCUGGCCUAUCCUUAUCAAAUGUUAUGAUGAUGCAGGGGGCAGGGAGGGGGCACCUGUGAUAAGGGGUGGCUAUAGCUGCUAUUCAGGAGCCUGGCAGAAGGGCUGAGGGGAAGAUUAAGAAACAGGAUGAAACAAAUCCUACAGAAAGGGAAAUGGACAGGACAAGACAUCUGGGCAGGUACAGGAGGGGAGCGCUGCCUCCUGCUCCCCCUGGGCAGGGACAAGGAACGAUGGGUACAGGUUGCUGCUCCUAGGCAAUGUAGGAGGCAGCGGGCAAGGUCUGCUGCUUCCUUUGUACUUGGUGAUAGGAUUCAUGCUGUGCCAGACCCACUGGGCACACUCACUGCUCCUCACUGCUGUGUCCCCUGCUGAUCCUUUGCUCCCUAGGAUAUAUUCAAACCAGGCAGCAGGCCAGAUCCCCUAGGCACCCUCUCUGUUCUUUGCUCCCAUCUGCAGCAGAAAGCACUGUAUGGACUGCUUCUGCACUUUGUAUAUUGGCAAAGGGGGCUUCAAAGCUGGACCCCACGUGAGUCACUACUUGCUUCAAAACCAACCAACCCAGUUUUGAACUGGGACGGGGGGCAGGGAGGAGGCAGUGAUCAAAAUAGCCCCAGUGAACCCCGACCAGAGCUUCUGACAUGAAGGAAGCCUGACAAGCAGGGAGAGCAGGUGUUUGUGAAGAAAGGAAAACUGCAGUGAACCUUCCUGCCCCAAGCUCUCCAAGCAGCUCCAAGAUGCCAUCAGAGGAAAGAUGGCUAAUCUGCUUCCCUCCCUCUCUGCGUUCCUCUUGGCCCUUUUAUCACCCAAGAGCCAGCAGAGAAAGGCAGGAAGCCUCCAUUUUGUUCAUUUCUAAGAAAGCUGCUCAGAGCUUUUCAAUCUCUUCGUUUUCCAUCGCCAAUUGCUUCCUUCCUGCCCAGUGGCUAAAUUAGGCCUGAAAGGCAUUUAAAAAAUAAUGCUUUGCUUUUUUUGCCCACUUUCCCUGUUCAAAAUAUUACCCAUAGGUCUUGAUACCCCCUGUGCUUGCCCUAGGACUGAACACUGAAGACAUCAUAAGAUUGAAAGAGGUAGAAGGAUUUUUUUUAACAGCAUUUUAAAGAGCUUUUGCUUUUUUAUAGUGUAAAUGACCAAUGAAUUCUGACACCUGGCAAACACACGGGAGAAAAACUGUCUUUCCAAAGAUGUCAUAUCUGAUCCCUCUCUACUGAGGGCUAAAAAAGCCCUUAUCUGCAGUCUCUAAUCCUUCAAAAUGUUUAGCCAAAACAGGGAUAUCAAGAUUAUUAAUGCUGAUUACUCAUCAUUCAUUUUCUUCUAAUAUAUCUAUAGUCUGAUAGAUGAUAGCCCAGAUAUAUAUAAAGUAAAAACCAAACAGGGCUGUUAAUUUUUUUUUAAUAGAAAAGCAAUCCUUCCAGGGCUUCUUUACAUAGCAGAAGAGAUAAAAAUAAAAGAAGAAAAGAACCUUGAAGAGACAUUAAUUUCACACUGAAUUAUUUUACUUAUUAUGGUUACAAAUAGCUCCAAAGCUUACUAUAGGGCAGCGCUGUCCAACUUAAGUGACUGAGGGCCAUACCAGGGUAAGCCAUGGCCCCCGCCCUGGGCUGUAUGCUGUGCAGACCUCUCCCUUCACUCUACCCUGCUUCUGCUGCACCAAACACACGGUCCCAGGCUCACCCUCAGCUCCCCAUGCCACACUCCCACCCCCUGGGGCAGGGACACAGCAUAAGUCACAGGAAGGGGGAGCACAGAGGGAGUGGCAACUGGGCAGGAGCCCAGGGGCCACAGCUUAACCCCUCCCAGGCCAAGCCACAUGCAGCCCACAGGCUCAGUGAGAUGGCUCUGCUGUAGGGCAACCACCUUGAUGUUUCUUUUUUUGUAUAGCAGCUUGCAUAGAGGUCCAGGGUUUUGUAUUUUUUUCCCUGGUUGGACGUUUUCCUGUUGUCUGUGUGCAUCUGUCACAAACACAGGGAGCAACAGCCUGUGGAAAGACAGGGCAAUGGGAUUUAAAGGCUACAAGGAUCAGCAGGGGGACAUAAGAAAAUCUUUACUGCACCAUGUUAAGCAAUUUGAUUUCAACUCCAUGGUAUGUCUGUGGCAACAACACAAGGAGCAACUGUCUUGCCCAUUGGCAUAGGAAGUUGAAGCAGGAAAAGGAACACAGCAGUUAUAAAACACAGGGGUAACUGUUGCAUGAGACGCAAGCUACUUAGUGUGUUAAUGUAACAGCCACCUGUCUUUUGCCUUCUGAAUGUAGUUCGGCUUCUGAAUACGUUUCCUGUCCCAAACUACAUUGUUAGCCGCUUGGAAAACUCACCAUCUAUAUAUAUCAACGUAUUUAAUCCAGAGGAAUUAAGCAAAAGUACAUCUAAUGCCUUUGAGGAGGCUUCUGCCAGUUAUACGUUCUCCCACUAGCCCCAGGAUGGUGGUACUAAGCACUAGAAAGCCAACGUCCUGAGCUCAGACACACUGCCAGUGCCAAUGCUGCACUUUUCUGCCAACACCACCUUCCCACAGCAUUUUCCUCCAGGACAGCAGGCUCACCUUAGCCAUUGUACUGAUUCUCUUGGGUAGGAAGGGCUGAGUGGUACCACCACACAAAGGGGCAAAGUUGAAUUCACAGCCCCAUAUCCCAUCUCAAGGUAAGCAACUAGAGAAUGAGGCGGCACCACAGGAUCUGCCUGCAUCCAACAGACCUCUAAGAAAUGCAGCAGUUGAGCACUGCCAUCUUGGGGUUUCUGCCACCUUUGUACUUCUAACGGAGAGGAAAGGAGGGUAGCUAACAGCAGAGCAGCUCCAACACUGCUAGUGCAGCUGCUAUCUAGGCAUGUGCUGCAGGGUACUGAACAGCCCCAGAAUCAGCGCACUACUCCAUGUCACUGAACAACCCCUGCUGUUGUUCAUUGCUCAUCACUCCUGCUGCUCCAGGUCAGUAGGAAAUACUGAAAACCAAAUGACAGACUGGGCUGGGGAAUAUAACUCUAUAUCUAUCUCUUGGUGUUUUUUAAUUUUUAUAAGCUAUUUCUUGGAAGCAGCCUUUCAGACAACAGCAAAUUCCCAUGCUGUAGGCUGCAGAAGAAAUGGUGAGUUUUGUUUGAACCUCAGCUAGAGCUCUCAGUGUGAUCCAUGUAUUUCCAACGAUGCGAGUUUUUAAGAGUAGAUUUUUUUGUGAACAAGUUUGUGAUUUUUGUAAUUUAUGUAAAUAAAGUGCAUUUUUUUUAAUUGAAUACUUUGCAGCA